AUGAACCCGGCCAGCUUCUCCUACGUCCCGGCCAUGUGCACCCCGCCCGGCUCGCCCGGGAGCCCGCCGCAGCAGCCCCCGCCGCCCGCCCCGGAGGAGCCGGCGGCCGCGGGCGGCGGGCGGCGGCGCAAGCGGCCGGUGCCGCGGGGCAAGCCGCCCUACAGCUACAUCGCCCUGAUCGCCAUGGCCAUCGCCCACGCGGCCGAGCGGCGGCUGACGCUGGGCGGCAUCUACCGCUUCAUCACCGAGCGCUUCCCCUUCUACCGCGAGAACCCCAAGAAGUGGCAGAACAGCAUCCGCCACAACCUCACCCUGAACGACUGCUUCGUCAAGGUGCCCCGCGAGCCGGGCCACCCGGGCAAGGGCAACUACUGGGCGCUGGACCCGGCGGCCGAGGACAUGUUCGACAACGGCAGCUUCCUCCGCCGCAGGAAGCGCUUCAAGCGGGCCGAGCUCGCCACCUACCCGGCCUACUCCGCCUUCAGCCCCGCCGCGCCCUACGCGCCCGCCGGCUACAGCCCGCCGCUGCCCGCCGGCGCCCCCUACCCGCGGGGCUUCACCAUCGACAGCCUCAUGGGCGGCGCCGAGCUGGGGCUGAGCCCCGCCGCCGAGCUGGGCGGCUGCCCUGAGCCCGCCUGCUUCCCGCCCGCCAGCCCGCUGGGCCGCGCCUACCCCUACUCCGCCUCGCCGCCGCCGCCCCACCUGCCGGGGCCCCCGAGCGGCUACUCCCCGCCCGGCAGCGCCCCGCUCUACGGCGCCGCCGGCCGCCUGGGCCUGCCGCCCGUGCGCGCCGCCGCCUCCUGCGCCGAGCACCCCGAGCCGCUCCUGGCGCUGGCCGGGCCGCAGUUCGGCCCCAAUCCCGCCUACAUGCGGCAGCCCGGCUUCGCUUCGGGACUCGAACGGUACAUGUGA